GCUUAAAGAUAGCUGCGUGGAUACACCAACAUUACCUUCAGCAAUUUCAAAAAAUGGUGGAUAAGCACUCUGGCUCCUCAUCUCAGCUCAUUUGAUAUUAAUUUGUUCCGUUUGAAUAGUCAGAGAUGAAACUACCAUAGUAAACAUGUUGAUUUACGGUACCGUAUUCAGAGUGUUAUCAUUUAUCAUUCGACAUUCAAAGUGUGUGCUCUGGAGAGUAUAAUCAAGAGUUUCAUGACAUACAGGUACGUCAUUAGCAAGUUGACAGUGACAUAGAAACUAUAUACGUUCCAUCAGGUGCAUUAGUGUUCAUUAGUAUGGCCGUUGACAUGGCAUUUCCUUUUAAGAAGGUUUUUUUUUUUUUUUUUUUUUUCCAUGUUUUUUUUUAAAUUUUUUUGCCAAGUUAUUUUUCAAAGUAAACAUGGUGCACUUCUCUCAUUACUCUGUUUAGCUAGCUUUCCAAUCAUGGGCUAAUAAUAGCGUGUAAAGCAAUAUAGUGAAAAAAAAGUCUGAUCUGGUCGUAAUGGUAGGUUUGAUAUCGUCUUUUUUUGUAGGUUUGAUAUGGUCCAGGUGGAAGGUUUAAUAUGGAUGUGGUGAUAGGUUUGAUAUGGUUCAGGUGGUAGAUUUGGUAUGAUCUAGGUUGUAGGAUUUAUAUUAUCUGGGUGGUAAGAUUGAUAUGGUCCAGUUGGUCGGUAUGAUAUGGUCCAGUCGGUAGGUCUGAUAUGGUCGUUUUUGUAAGUUUGAUAUGGUCCUGGUGGUGGGUUUGAUAUGGUCCAAGUGUUAGGUUUGAUAUGGUCCAAGUGUUAGGUUUGAUAUGGUCGUUUUUGUAGGUUUGAUAUGGUCCAGGUGGGAGGUUUGAUUUGGUAGUUUUUGUAGGUUUGAUAUGGUCCAGGUGGUAGGUUUGAUAUGGUCCAGGUGGUAGGUUUGAUAUGGUGCAGGUGGUAGGUUUGAUAUGGUCGUUUUUGUAGGUUUGAUAUGGUCCAGGUGGUAGGUUUGAUAUGGUCCAGGUGGUAGGUUUGAUAUGGUGCAGGUGGUAGGUUUUAUAUGGUCCAGGUGGUAGGUUUGAUAUGGUCCAGGUGGUAGGUUUGAUAUGGUCCAGGUGGUAGGUUUGAUAUGGUGCAGGUGGUAGGUUUGAUAUGGUGCAGGUGGUUGGUUUGAUAUGGUGCAGGUGGUAGGUUUUAUAUGGUCCAGGUGGUAGGUUUGAUAUGGUGCAGGUGGUAGGUUUGAUAUGGUGCAGGUGGUAGGUUUGAUAUGGUGCAGGUGGUAGGUUUGAUAUGGUGCAGGUGGUAGGCUUGAUAUAUGUUAUAUUUGUUUAUGAUAUAUUUUCAUGACGAGCCUAAAAUAAACAGGAGGACGAUUAAAACUAUUUUAGAGCCAAUUUUCUUUUCAAGACUCUGUCAAGAACCAUGUUUUUUGGAGUCAUAACCGAUUUGUGGCCUGGUAGCCGAGCCGCACCAAGGUCGCUAAGGUGCCGCAUGCGGCUCGCCAACCAUGAUUUGUCGACCACUGGUCUAAAUAAAGCUAUGAGUAUGUAUGUGCUCAAGAAGUUGAUAUUUAUUAUAAUGUGUUCUAAAGAGAAUAACAAUAUGAAUGUGUUAUGAAGGAUAUUUUCGUUUGAAUGUGUUGCGAUUUCAAGGGUACCUGUUGAGGUAAAUUUAUAACAGAUGAAGUCUGUCAUUGCCAACUAUGCUAACAAAUAAAUGCGUACAAUGCCAACAAUCAUAACAUAUCAAGGUCAACAGGGCCAGGUAGAAAGAGAAGCAGUAGAAACAAAAAGUUUACAGUUUAAAGAGAAAAAGAUUAGAAAGGGUUUAUUUAUUACGCCUUACGUACAGAGAUUACUUCCUGCUCUUUGCCAUUGAAUCUUAACCAAAGUGAUAAGCUAGUUUAAUCAUUCCUUUUAUCUGUGCUGAUUUCAAAUGCCUACAGUUUAGAUUGCUGCCACUUGGGAAACACACUAACAAAAACGAAUUUACUAAGAAUAUUUUAUUUCUGAUUUUAUACCAAAAGAAUUGUUGUUGGUCAAGCGAAGAGCGUUGUACGAGUGGACAUCAGAACAGAAUACGACCGGACAGUUGUUUGUUGACUAUGUUCGUAAUACCUUGACGAAUUGUAAUUCUAUUUAGUAUAAUGUUGUCAGGUAAGCCGCUGGAAAGUUUUCACAUCUGUUUUUAUUGAAUGUUGUUAAACUUUUUCAAAAAUGUCAUUGUUAUAAGAGCGUGCUGUAAAGAUUUAAUCAAAGUGAAUCUCUUUAGAUUAUGACCACAGGUACUAACGACCACAGGUACUAACGACCACAGGUACUAACGAACACAGGUGUGCUCAGUAUUUGAUGAAACAUACUGAUUCUAUUGCCAAUAUUCUAGCCAUUAAAAGUUAUCAAUGGCUAAUUAGAUCUCUAUAAAAUUAAAAUGUUACAUUUUGUAUUUUAACGAUAAAUGUUUGAAGUUUAAGAGUUUCAGCUGCAGCGAUGUCAUGAGACAUAGAAUUGGAUUAAAAUUUAAAAGAAAGUGUUUCAUUGUAAUAUGUGCAUAAAUGAUUAUAAUAAACCGAACAUAAUCCAUUAGAAGUUGUUAGAUAUGAAAACCCCAAACAUGUUGCAUUCUAUCGUCUGCCUUUUAAAAGUCUAACUCAUUGUUUAUGAUAAGUUAUAAAAGGAAUACAAUUAUUUCAUGUCUAAUCUCUUUGAAAGGGGGGAGAACUGUCAAAGUAAGUGGCAGCGUAUUGUAAAUUUAAUACUUUGAACGUAGGGGACAACUGAUUGUGCAUAAUGUCUCUUUAAUGCAGGGGCCAACUGGUUGUGAAUUAAGUCCCUUUUAAUAUAAGGGCAAACUGAUUGAGAAUAAAGUACUUUAAAUGUAGGGGUCAACUGGAUGUGAAUUAAGUCCCUUUAAUGUGGGGAUCAACUGCUUGUGAAUUAAGUCCCUUUAAAUGUAGGGGUCAACUGGUUGUGAAUUAAGUCCCUUUAAUGUGGGGAUCAACUGCUUGUGAAUUAAGUCACUUUAAAUGUAGGGGUCAACUGGUUGUGAAUUAAGUCCCUUUAAUGUUGGGAUCAACUGCUUGUGAAUUAAGUCCCUUUAAAUGUAGGGGUCAACUGGUUGUGAAUUAUGUCACUUUUAAUAUAAGGGCAAACUGAAUGAGAAUAAAGUACUUUAAAAGUAGGGGUCAACUUAAGAUGAGAUAAGUCCAGUCAAUGUCACAGUUUAAAUGACGAUUUUAAAUUCUACAUACUUUUUUAAACAAAUACAACGAUAAAACAUGUUUAUUUUGUCCGUAUCUAAAUCUAUUGAAUAUUGAAAAUCUCUCGAUUUUUAACGAAUAUCAAGAAUUUCUAAAAUGAUUCUUUCAAUGUAAACAAACAAUUUGAUAAAGCUGCAUCACUGCAUCAUACUACAUAAUGUUGAGUUUUUGGUAGACUAAGAUUAUUUGAGAACAAUAACUGAAUUUUUAAUGUUAUUUAUUUUUUUUUGGUAGCAAAGUAACCAUAACAAGGAGGUGAUAAUGCUGGAACAGAAAUGUUGAUAAUCGCACUUACACUUGGACUUCCUAUAGCAACCAUUGUUAUCAUCUUGAUAUGUGCGUUUAAACACAGACAGCAGCUGCAAGAGCCAAAAGUAACUGGAUAUGACAGGGUUGUCGUACCCGCACCCCUUGAGGACCCUAACUAUGAGCAAGUCGUUUUAUACGGUGUGUAGCAGUUUAUGUGCUCCAUAUAUCAAUUGCGACAUGUGUGUCUAGAUAUGUGUGAUGGAAAUACGUGUGUAUACAUAUAUAUGUGUGGAAGCAUAUCUCGUUUAUGUUGGUAACCUGUGCGCCUUGGUAUUCGUGAUGGCAAGCUGAGUUGUUUUUCAUAUAUGUGCGUGUCUUUCUGUGUGUUAUGACAACUUUUGAAUCGCGAUAUAUUAUGCGAUGGCAAACUGAUGUCUUGGUAUGUGAGGGCAACAUGUAUGUCUCUGUUUAUGUGAUGCCAACAUGUAUGUCAUAAUGUAUCCGACGGGAACGUGAGUGUCUCGUGUCAGUAUAGAAUGGAAUGGCUUGGUGCAUCAUUUCAUGCAGAUUAUAGCCGUUAUGCAAACAUCAUAUCAGAUAGGCUUAAACAAGUUUAAACACAAAUUAACACGUUAAUAAACUGAGCACAAAAUAUUUUCUACAUUAUUUAACGUACAGUCAUAUUUUGUAUACAUACAUGGAUAUAUUUGAAAACCGUAUAUUUAACUUUUACAUUAAUAAUUUAUUCUAUGUACACGAUAUUAAUAAUGUAGAUAUGACACUUUUAAAAUUAAAGUUACAUUUACAUGAAUUACAAGUAACUUAUUAUUAUCUCUCGUCACGUAAUAACUUGUAGUUAAUUUUCGAAUGGUUGACAUCUAUAUUAAAAUGACAGAUAUUCUUUACAUCAAACAAAUUAAGCAGCUUCACUAUUCCUAAACAAAGUAAAUUUAUUAUUGAUACAUUUCACUGUACAGCAGAUUCAAACAAGCAUUUUUUUUUAAAGAUGUGUUGUCUGUUUAGAUCAAAACACGAACUCUUCAAAGGCCAACCAAAUAAAUAUAAAAGCCACUUUCUCAGAUAUUUAAAUACUUAAAUAAUUUUAAAUGGACACCUAUUUACCCCCCCCCCCCCCACCACUCCACUCCACCCCCACCGGAGCACCAUAUAGGGGUUACUUACAAUAAAAAAUUUAAGCAACUAAUUUAUGAAAGUUUGCAAUUUCUUGACAUAAUCCUCGUUUUUCUAUAAAGUGAUUUCCAAAUCCAUUUAUUUCUCUUCUCACAGACAUGCCCACAGACCCACAUAUUCACGGAACGAUUGCUGCUACACAUGAUACUCAGAUUAGACCACAAAAGGCCAGUAAAAAAUUACCCCGAAGUGAUUCGAAAGAGCGAGUCAGCGUAGAGACUAUAGGAAGAGAUACCCAAAUAACUUUAGACGAUAACAAUAGUCGAUGGAAAUUUUUAAAAUCGAAAAUAGUGCGAAAUUCUAAGAAAAAAAAGCGAUCAAAUCAUCACCCAUCACCUGGGACCGUGGGUCAGAAUCAUGCAAAGGUACAUUAUUAUUCGAAUACUGAAGGGACAAUUAAAUUCAGCAUCGAUAUUUAGCAUGUGAAAUUGAAUUCCUUUCGACAACGCACUGUGAAUGGUGGAAGCUUUGUAACAACAGUUUUUGAGGAUUUAAACUCGUCUGUUUUUAUUAUAUUUAAAAUUUAAAAAAAAUAUUUUAAUUAUUUUUUGUCAACCAUUUUGAUUCUGUGAAAUAUUUUAUGGCCAUUCAUUAAUUUAAACAAAAAAUAGUUGCUAAUGAUUUUUGUCCAAUAUUCUUCUAAUUCCAUGGUAUAACUUUUGAAUAAAUAAAAUUAUUUAGUUAAUUUAACAGCAACACAUUGUGAUUCUAGUAAAAUAUGUUGUGAUGGUAUAGUUAAAAUGAAACCGGUUAACAAUGGCUAACAUAUGGAUGUACAGAGAGCCUUAUAUGUGUCAUUGACCGUUUAUAUGUUUUGGAUAGGUAACUGAUGAUAAGAUAUUAUAAAUAUAUAGAGUAGUAAAGUAAUUUAAUAUAUCAUAGAUAUAGACUUCUAGUCUAGAACAGUUGAAGUGAUGUAACAUAUCAUAGAUAUAGACUAUUAGAGUGAUGUACCGUAUCAUAGAUAUACACCAGUGAAAGUGAUGUAACAUAUCAAACAUAUAGACCAGUGGAAGUGAUGUAAAAUAUCAUAGAUACAUACUAGUAGAGUGAUGCACCUUAUCAAAGAUAUAGACUAGUAAAGUGAUGUUAACAUACCGUAUGUAUAGACUAGUAAAUUGAUGUUGAAAGUUACUAUUUAAAGAAAUGAAAUGGUGAAACGAAUGUAAAUGUGUGUGUGUGGCUCACGUGAUAGCUAAAUCAUUUGAAUAACACUUGCCUAUAGCAAUCUCAUUGACUGCAGUGCAGUGUUGUUACAUUUUCAUAUUUACACUUAUGAUCAUCAUAAAUAUAACAUAGAUAUUCUAGUAAAGGUUUGCUAAGUCAGGAUAUUGAUUUUCCCUUAUUACUUCUUGUUUGGUUUUGGGAUCUGAAUAUUUGGGGGAAGGGGGUGACAACUUCUGCUCUGUCAUUAAGGCACCUACAAUCACUCCAGGUAAGUGUUGAAUUUAUAUGAAAUCGAUAUAGACUAGUAAUACUAGCAAUGGUGAACGUAUUUGUUUUAGUGUAUACGUGACAUUUGGUGUGUAAAUAUUUUUCAAAGAAACUGUUCUUUUUAUGUUUAAUAGGUACAUCAUUUGUAAGACCUACGAUCAGAUAAGUUAAGAUUCUUUUAUUGAUCCAAAUAAAUGAAUAUGUUUUUUUAUUACAUUGUA